AUGCAAGGCGGGAUCUUUGCCCGAGAAGACGGGGCCAGCUGUCAAGAUCCACCGGGCAUCUUGCGAGAAGAGAGCGUCACCAAGGCGAGGAAGUGGAAUACGGAUAUUCCCAGUAUCUUGCCUCAUGAGAGAGUGUUCCCGAUUCAGAUUGGUAGUGAGUUAUUCCGGUUGAGUGGUGCGAGUAUUAGUUCUGAUGCACCCUCAUACUUUUCCCAGUUUUUUCAAUGCCAGUUGCAGCAAGCGGAAGACAACGGCGAUGAUUCAAACGCCAUACGAACCCUAUACAUCGACCGCGAUCCCGUGACAUUCAGGGACAUCUCCCUUCAUCUACAGGGCUACCACGUUAUGCCACGAGAUGGUAGCCACUUCGUGAAGCUCUUCGCUGAUGCGCAAUUCUACAGUCUACCAAGGUUAAUAUCCCAGCUAUACGAAGAAAGCAUCUUCAUCUCCGUUGGGCAACGCGACUUCCAAGUCCCCCGCGAGCUCUUCUCCGACCCGGGCAACAGCCCCAACUACUUCUCCCUUGGCUUCGCCGUCUUCUUCAGCACGCCGACCGAAGUAUUCCCAGGCCUGAACCGGGAAGGUCUACUGCGUCCCCCAUCUAUCAUUCCGCCCGCAGUCCCAAACCGAAGCGCUGACACAUUCGCCGAGAUCCUGCACCUACUUCGCGGCUACCCCCUGCACAUAAAAAACGAAGACCACCGCGCCGAGCUUCUGCGGGACUGCAAAUACUUCCACCUAAAAGGCCUAGAGCAAAAACUCAUCAGACAUUCAAUAACAUUCAACCUCGCGCGCAACCGGCACGAAAUCACCUUACGACUAGACGACGUCCGCCAAUCCGGGAUCUCCGUCGUCAGCGACCUAUCCACGCCUCCCCCUCCCGAGCUCUCUACAGCCUCAUCCGCACCCUCCUUCUCGCCUCCCCCGGUAUCAGGCUGGGUGAACUACGCACGCCCCUUCGUCGACGACCGCGCGUACGAACUCGUGCUCGAGAUCGGCGACGAGUGUACCCGUUUACACUUAUCAAGUAUGCGCUGCGAGUUCUUCGGCGACGGGAAAACGAGAGUGAGCAGACUAUUCGAGGUCAUUGCUACAAAGUUGAAUCUGCCGACGAGUCAACCAUUAGGGUUGCUGAUGAAGAAGGGAGGGGCGAGCAGUCAGCCGGCGAGCCCGGGGAAUACGCCGAUUAGCGAGGAUUGGGUGAGGUGUGUGCUUGGGGAGGAGAGCUUUGUGCGGCUUGAUGGGAGAGAAUGGCGGGGCCAUACUUCGGGCCUUGAAGACUCGAUUUGCGGGAAUCGCUCAGCGGCCACCUCCGGGGAUGAAGGAGACGGUGGCGGUGGGUUGUUGCAUCCCAGUCAGCCGUCGAGAAAGAGGAGGAGGACGGAGAUGAGUAGUGGGGGUGGGGAGGAGAAAGAGAGCUGGGUUGUUAAGACGGGGCAAUGGAGACUGAGGGUGCAGAAUGCAAGGAAUGGGAAGGGGGGCAUCGAGUGUGUGCUUGUUGCUGUGAAGAUCGAUGCUGUGAGCGGGGAGCGGGGGAGGAAUAUGCAGAGGUUAUUCUUGGCGGGGUAG